ACAGGUUCGUUUGCCAGUUGGAAAAAACCUCCGCCCUAGGUCUCCAUCAUCCCUCCAAUGGUUAAUAAAAGCAUUUGUGCUAGGGAAGCAUAGACAGGCAGGUGCCUUUCCCUUUCCUGGAACUGUGUGCUCUGAAAGCCCUGUGAACAAUGGAGGCUUCAGUUGUAUCCUGUGCAGUGCAGUGAACACAGUGUCAAGAUGGCUACCUGUAGGAGAUGAAGUUGAAAUGCGGAGGACUGAAGUCACAAUUUUAUGUUCCCGUUUCUAGUGAAACAGUGAAAAAGAUGCAUUCCUUUAAGUUAAGGUGUUGCAAAGCGCUAAGGCAUCGAUAAGCGAAUAACAGCAUCCGGUGGUUAUUAAAGCAGUGAUUCUCCAGCAUUGGCACUGACAUGGCGACAACACCACCCAACCCAGUCGGAUCGAUAAUCGGCAAAUUAAAGCCCUUUCGCACCAUGGCGAACCAGCAGGAAGGCGGACAUUCAGGACACAGCGGGCCGAUUCUGUGCGAAACAAGCGUUCAAUCGUGUGGCGAUUCCGUUUAUGUUGGUGGAAGAAAAUUGGAUCGUAACAUGGCACGACCGGGCGAAAACGGGCUGAGAUUAAUCCGCUAAGGAUAGCAAUGUAAUAGGAGACAACAUGUGAACCGUCACAGCUAGAUGCGCUAAGCAAAUCACUGAAAAGUCUUCCAUAACGAAUCCCGCGACAAGUUGGGAUUUGUAUCUAGUGUUAAGCAGUAACUAGUGGUAGAAAGCGAGCUCGAUUGGCGAUAGUAUCCAAAGCGGAGGGAAUGUUCCAGCUUCCACAAAUAGUACAUCAACGGUCUUCCAAGAAAAUUGUUAUAUAGAGAUAAUUUUGUUGCCAUCUUGCAACGCGUUGUUGAAAGCAAUAUUUAUCACUAAAUCAGCGUCUUCCAGUAACGCCUAGACAUUAACGAAACAUGAAGAAAAAACUCUCACCGGCAACCAAAUUUCGGCGCCGUUUAGCAGCGAUGAGGAAGAAAGCUCAGCACAGCGGCGGAACUGGCGGUGGCCAAUCGUUCUGCAAUCGAAAGCUGCCGAAAGAACAAUUUUUCGAGCACGAUUUACGCUACGAAGAUAUGCCGGAGGAAAACGCCUACGAAGAGAUGGAUCCACCCGAUUCAUCCACUAAUCCGGCGGAAAGUGAAGCACACACCGCAAACCUAUCGACCCGUCAGCUGGAUGGUCCAUUGGUAAGGCCAUACUCCUCGCCCACAUCGUCAACCGCAUCGGACCGAGAACUGGAAGAAGGUCCAGAGGCAGGAGGUGGUGGGUUGGAGCGAAAGAUAAAAUCGGCCGUUCAGGUGAACGAAGUGCCACCGAAAAGACAUUCAGCAAAGCACGCAAAAUUCGGACGCAAAAAGCGAAGGCCAACAGUGCCAAUGUUUAGUGCGUUGCACUGGAACAAUCGUAAGAUGCUGGUACAGUUGCAGAAACAGCUACGCAUGCAGGGCCUCUGCCUUUCGUCUCUUCCUGCCGAAGGGCAGAACGAUGAGCCGCGGAAGAUGGCAGGUCUGCUGCUGGCUAAUGGUGCUGCUGGUAGCAGUUGCUCUAGCGCCGGCGGCAUUAUCCAUGACGGUGCCGGAUGCCACUGCCAUUGCGCAUGUGCACCAGCCAAACUUCCGACCAGGAAAUGUACCGGCAAAAAUCACGAACCACACGGUGGACGUGCAAGAAGCGCUUACCUUGGCGAGAAAGCUGUUUGCAUUGGCCGACCGUCACGAAACAGACCGAACCAUGCUCAGUCAGUGACAGGAGGACAUCGUCGUACCCAUCGCUCCAACCAACAACACCUGCAUGGUUGCGCGGGGGACCAUUCAGGCAGUGGUAAGAAAAGGUCGCUCCAGCACCUUCACCGAGACGAUUCCUGCUCCACACGUUCCUCCUCGGCCUCGUCCUGCGGUGCUUCGGAGGGUGGUUCGUGCCAGGUUCGGAAGCUGUACCGUCAGUCGCAUCCGGAGCUACCGUCCGCAUUGGUAGCGCAGUCCAGCGGCAGGUCUUUCAAUUGCCCGAAGCGCCAUCACCAUCAGGAACCGAUAGUGGACCAUUGCAGCAGCGUUCAAUCUCAGCACCUGCUUCCCCAUCAUAUACCUCACCAUCAUCACCAUCAUCAGCAGCAGAAGUUCUGUAUCCGUACCACCUCGGCCGCUGCUGCUACCAGAUCCACCGCCGCCAGCAUUCCGAUUUGCAUGCAAGCGAUGCAUAGCGUUGUGAGUGUACGGGAAACGCAUCACAUCGCACAGGCCCAGCAAGAGAAGAACGCGAAACUGCGCGAAGCGUUCGGCAUAUCGCAGUACUUUGUCGAGGGUACCAGCUUCGACCAGGAUCGCAAGGCCAAGGAAGAUCUCGCCAAAUCGGAGGCCCUGCAAAAGGAGCUGGCGGAAAAGGCGGAGAAGGCCAAAGAGAUGGAGCGAGCGAACCGGAAACGGUACGCACUCGUACGUACGCCAUCGCCGGAAAGGGAGGACGUUGCCGGGGAUCGCAGCAAUGGUGGCGGCAAACAACGGCGAAGGCGCGAUGAUGGUUCCAACGACGAGCGUGAGGAAGGCGAACACGUGGACAAUGAUGAGGAAAAUGAUGAUGAUGAUGACGACGACGAUGGUGGUGGUGGUAAGGUGAAUGCGAAAACGGCCAGCGGUUCCCUGCGGCGCGAUAAGGACGAGAAGAAGAAGAAAAAGAAAAAGGCCCGAGACGUAUCUUCCAGCCCGGAACGCAAAAAGGACAAGAAGAAGAAGUCGAAGAAAAACAAAAAAGAAAGAACGAAGAAGAAACACUCCAAAAAAUCUCACCGCGGUGGCGACGAUCCGAGCGACACGUCCGACUCGGAAUCGGACUCCGAUUCGAACAGUGAUGGGUCGUCCGACACGGAACGCGAGACCAGCAGCAAGCGGAAGAAAAAGUCCUCGAAGAAGGAAAAGAAAAAGAAGUCAUCGAAAAGGAAGAAGGCAAAAUCUCGAUCUCCGUCGCGCAACAGAUCUCCUGCUGCUGUCAGCAAGAAACAGUCGCUGGAAGAACAGCCAGAUAAGCGCAGGGAUGAGAAGGAUAAACCUUCCGAAACACGUCACGAGGAUAGGAGCGGACGUUCGGUUGAUCGCAGCAUUGGUGGACGUAGGGAUCGUUCGAACAGUCGGCAUCGUAACGAUGGUCAGCGGACGCGUGAGCUUAGCCGGGACCGGCGGGGUAACAAUGCCGUUCGCCGAGCACCGUACCGAUCGGAUCGUUACGAGGAAACGCGUAACAGCCAGCGUGGCGAUGGAAACUAUUACAAUCGCUACCGCGACCGUGACAGUCAUCGCAUGGCGGAAGAACGUCCACGCCGCAGUCGGUCGAGAAAUCGGCGCCGUGAACGUUCACCUGCGAACGAACGCAACGAUCGAUCACACUCACGGUCGCGUUCGGGAAGCCGUCGUCCGAAUCGUCCUGCCGUGCGGGGAUCGAGUGUGGACAAAGCUAAACACAACAAUCGCCGGGAACGCACACCACCGAAACAAAUGGAGCUCGAUAGAAGCCGUGAGCGCGAACGAACUAGGGAACGAGACCGCGAUCGUCGCCACGGCGAUCGCGAUCGUGGACGGGAAAAUAAUCGCGACCAGGGACGGAAUCGUUCGGUCAGCCCGAAAAGGAAGGAACAUCGUUCCUCGCCACCACGUCGUCAACGCGAGGAAGAGGAGCAAAGUGUCGGGAAAAAGCGUGACAAAUCACCAGCACGACGUUCGCCGGAUCGUAAAUCAAAAGCGAGUGCGAAUACGGCUAGCGGUGAGUCGAAGAAUCGAAAGAGAUCGCCGUCGCCGAAGGCUCCCUCACGCCAUCAAUCCGUUACGAGUGCGGCGGAUAAGGUCGAGAAAGCGGUACGUCACCAGCAGCAGCAGCAGCAGCAGCCCAGUCCAGUCCAGUCAAAGGCUGCGAAUGAGAAGCAAUCUACAUCAUCAUCCGACGAGGAAGAAUCAGAUUUGGACUAUUCUCCUGCAAGAAGAAAUCCGGAACGGUACAGCGAUAUCCUGCAACGGCUCAAGCCGCACGCCGACGCCAACGGAGCAGAACAUGCCGAUAAACCAGCGACAAGUAAAAACAGUAAACCGGUCCCUUCCAAUUCACCACGCUCGUCUAAAAAGCUGGACCGUUCAGCCAGCCCCGCUCGGGACCGUUCCAACAGGAACGACGCGCAAGAGCGGACCAAAACAAAGGCGGGCCAUCGUUCGUCCACGAGUCCACGCCAACCGCAAAGAGAUCGAUCUCGGUCUCGAGAUCCAAACCGUCACCAUUCGACAGCGCCAUCGUCCCCGAAGAGGAAAGAUUCAUCUCGCGGCGUAUCUCCACCCGAAGAAGACACAAAGAGGCGAGACAAACCAGCGGAAAAAUUGUCAACCUCUUCGUCGCCUACAUCGAAGCGAGCAAAGUCACGAUCAAGAUCGCCAGAGGUGAAAAAACGUCGUCACGAGCGUUUGUCGCAAAACGAACGUCCUGAAACGCGCAGUCCGGAGCGUAACGAUUCGGCCCGAAAAGCGAAGGCAAAGAAAUCAUCCUCGUCAUCUGGGGCAACGGCAUCGACGACGGUCCAGCAGCCGGUCGUGAAGCUACACUCACCCGAAUCGGAACAUUCCCAGUCCGAUAGCGACGAGCAGCGACAGCAGGAGCGCAAACGAAGUGCGCACCGCGACCGGGACGAUCUGGACGCGUUCCUUCCCAUUAACGACGAAACCCGCGAACAGGAGAAGGACCUAACGCUACUGAAAGCGCUAAAGCAUGAUCUGGCGGCGAAGGCAAAGCAAAGUUUGGAGAAGAAGAAAUCUGGAUCGGAAGGUGCUGCUGCUGUGGCUUCCAGCAGCAGUGCCUUGGCGUUGAAGGUUGUUGGACUGCCGGGUAAAGGGCCGGUCGACGCGCUACAGCUUCUGCAACCGGUACCGCCCGCUAGCGCUAGCAAGCCGGGCCCAACAAAACCGAUCGUUUCAAAUGAGAAGCUACCGCCCGCGGGAGUAAAGCCGUCCGUUGCCGGUCAGGAUGAGAGCAGCAGUUCGCAGAUGAAGAAGGAUAUUCACGAGAUACUUAGCACGGUCGGUGCUUGUGCCGUAGCGAACGGUUCCGAAGUGGCGGCCAGUCUAGCGAAGACAACGAUUCUGCAUGCGGUCGACAGUAUACUGAAGGAGAAGAUAUCGGGCACUGCGAAGGACAAGCAGCAACCGGGGCCCGGCAGUAAAAGCGCGCGCACCGCUACCCGUACCAGUCGCUCGAGAUCGCGCUCCCGUUCUCGCUCACGUUCGCAUAAAUCCCGCAGCUACAGCAGUUCGAGCAGUGGUUCGGGAAGUUCCCGCUCGCGCAGCCGAUCCUCGUCGUCGCACAGUCGCAGCUCAACGGACCGUGGCAGCAGCCGUUCGCGAAGCCGGUCCAGCAGCCAUUCGUCGCAAUCCUCGCCGCGAUCGCGGACCGCUUCCCGUUCACCGUCGAUACCGCGUCGGGCAGGAUCGCCCUCGUUCCUCGAUCGACGUCGUAUCACCAGUGCACGCAAACGUCCGAUACCGUAUCGCAGACCGACGCCAUCGUCCGCUUCGAGCUGUGGCAGUAGCUACCACAGCCGUGGCAGUCACUCGAGAAGCCGCAGCCGUAGCAAGAGCUAAAUUUUACACUCCAAAGCCUCCUAUCCUCAUCGUCAACCGGCAUCGAUAGUUUGCGGUCAUCAUGGCAACGACAGCCAUGCGUACCCAUGGCGAAGGGUUUUUAGGGUUGAUGUGCCGUUGGAUGGUGUGGAUCAUCAACAAAACUCCUGUACAUUCCGAGAGACCCCGAAGGAUCAGUCCACCCACCCACAAAUCGGUCCUUUGAUCAUAUCAUACGUGAUCGUGCCAUUAUUUAACUGCAAUUGAACCGUUAAGUGGUUCCAUAACGCGUAACGUAUUUAUUUGAAAUAUUUAUUUUGAAGUGCGUAAUGUGUACCUUUCUACCGCAUUCGUUGCAAUAUAAGUUGCUCGCUAGUCACGUCUCUAAUCUCGAUUUUUCGAUCUUUAAGUUAUAAAAAUAAUCUCACACGCGCGCAUCCUCCUUCACCAAUCGUUAGAAGCAUAAUGGAUAUUAAGCAAAGCAGUCAAACGUUUCUUUGCUCCUUCUACCACAUUCCCGGUUGCAGUAGACGAUCAGCAACACCUUUGAACGUAGGUGAAAAUAAAAAGAAACACAUACUCAAUACUCUCAACACA